CGCCAACAUGGCGAGGGCAGGUUGGCGGUCGAGCGAGAUCUAUCUUUGGAGUGGCACGGCCAUUCCUCUUUUGACCUGCGUGAGAUCGGCGCCGCUGACACGUCCCUCGCCGCCGUGGCCAAGUUGUCAUGAUCAAGUUCAAGGCCAAGCUUCAAGCCAACACAUUCACGGAAUGGCGCGAGUUCUACAUCGACUACGACGCGCUCAAGUUCGCCGUGAACGCGAUCCGCGAAGACUCGACAGGGUUUGAUCUGGAGCAGCAGCUUGAGAAGGUCGUGGAGCUCCAGUUCCUCGUCGGAGCCAACUCUGCGACGUCUCAAGCGUUUGAGAAGGCAUUCAUCAAAGAGUACGACAAGGUCGAAAAGUUUUACGUCGCGCACGCGGACGAGUACAAGCAGCAACUCGACAUUCUGCAAAAGCAGUACCAUGCCAACAUGAACGAAGCCACGCAGCUCAGCAUGACGUCCGCGUGCAUGGAGCUCCAUCGGCUGUUGAACAUGCUCCAGAACUACGCGCUACUGAACUACACUGGUCUGACCAAGAUCCUAAAGUCCCAUGCUAAGAAGUGCAAGUCGCAAGAGUCUAUUCGGUAUGUCUUUGCCGAGAAGCUCGAGACGUGUGCGUUUUCGAAAGCCAUCCAGGCCAAAGACGAACUCGCGCGGCUCGAAACGUGGUUCUGUCGAACGUUCUACGACGGCAAUCGCCCGAUCGCGAUGGCAGCACUGAUGGCGCGCAAGGACGAGCACGUUGACUUUUCGCAGGCGUAUAUUGGGAUGAAGUUUGGAAUGCUUCUCAUGCUCGGUCUGUGGGUGCUCUGGGACGUCGGCAUUAUUCCAUCCAUCCAACGGGACGAGAACCACCUCCGGCUGCUCUUGACCAAGGGGUUUCCGGUCUACCGCGGCCUCGGGUGCGUGAUAUUCUUCAACUGGCUCAUGGGCAUCUCCAUGUACGUGUGGCGGUCGGCCCGCAUCAACUACAUGUACAUCAUGGACCUCGAGCCGCGCAACACCAAGGACUACGAUCAAGUGUUUCACGACGCGGGCCACAUUAGCAUCGUAUACCUCAUCAACAUGCUCGUGUACUACAAGGUGUGCAAUGGCGAAUUUCCUGAAGACCGCGUCGCGCACCGCGGCUACGUCUUGCUCUUUCUGUUUGUGUACAUGAUCUACUUUUACGUGUUUCGCGAGUGGCGGCGCAAGGUCGGGUUUGUCAAGGCGAUUGGCAAGAUCAUGGGCGCGCCGUUCUUCCCUGUUACGUUUUUCCACACGUUCCUCGGCAACUACAUGCUGAGCAUGCAACGGAUGAACCAAGACAUUGCGUGGUGCUUUUGCUUCUUCUUCUCGGGCGAAUUCCUCGAGACAGACGACUUGGAUCUCCUCAAGCCGACCGAAGGCAUGGCCGGGUACCUCCACAACCACACGAUGCAGUCCAUCAUCCCGUCCAAGUGCCACAAAAACUUUUACUACGCCAAGGUCGUGGUGCCUCUGCUGUGCGCGCUGCCGCUGUGGUUUCGAUUCCUCCAAAGCUUGCGCCGCAUCUACGAUAUGAAGGUGUGGUGGCCUGGUAUCGGCAACGUGUUCAAGUUUGCUCUCGCUCAAAUCGUUGUCCUGUACGGCGUCUUUCAUCCGUUUCACAACCCGACCAAGCCAACCGAAGACAUCACGCCGCUCCAGCAAGUCUGGAUCGCGGCUUUCAUCGUGUUCUCGUUCGUGCUCUGGUUCUGGGACCUCACGAUGGACUGGGGCCUCGGUCGCCCGCAGCACAAGUUCCUCGCGGAGCGGCAUAUGUAUCGCCGGCGGUCGAUGUACUAUGUGGCAAUCGUGGUCAACUUUUUCCUGUGUUACGCGUGGGUGCUGACGCUGAUCCCGCCGUCGGCCGAACAAGCGCUCAACCACAGCUUCUUCGUGUACAUCCAUCCGUUCUCGAUGCUGCUCGAGCCGAUGCGCCGGACGAUGUGGAGCUUCUUUACAGUCGAGAAUGAACACCUGCGCAACACGAUGGGGUUUCGAAAGGAGCAGUUCAUCCCGUUGCACUACGAGCGCGGUGUUGGUGUCGCCGACCCGAACGAGCACACGGAGGAGACGAGGCGGAAGAAGCGCAUGAACAAAGUCCUGAUCGUUGCCAUCAUUGGUCUUGUCGUGAGCCUCAGCUUUGGAGCCAUCACGGUCAUCGAAGACGCCCCAUAACUAUCAACAUCCCCCUUUCUAUUUGUACACA